AUGACUGCAUCGCCAGAUGUUCAGAUUCCCAGCCCUUUUGCUUGCUGCUGGCACCGCUCAUCCCUUUCUGGCGGUCAACACGCCAUCUCUCCACUGCCUCGCGUAAUUGAUUUGCCCUACCCACACGGUACACCGGAUUCCAGCGUUUCGCCCGUCGCAGAACCGCAGCACGAGUGCCAUUUACCAGAUCCAGAUCCAGAUCCAGCUUCAGCUCCAGUUCCAGUUUCCAGUUCCUCCCCCCAAAAAGUCCUGAGUCCUGACCUAUCCCGGGCUAUGGCGGUGCUAAGCUCAGGGCUCUCCGCGCUCUGGCUCGUGGCAAAUGCACAAGGGAAGACGACAGACGCAGACGCAGACGCAGACGCCAACGAACGCCGGCGACGCCAACGCCAACGCCAACGCUGGCUUCACCAAAACGAAACCCCUCUGGCGAAUGGCUCCGCGUUUAAAAAACAACGGCGGUAG